AUCUCUGUUGUGAAUGGCAUUAUUAAGAGACCAGAGGUUUAAAAAACAGGAACUGACCCCCCCCUUUCCUGUUUGAAAGCUGCUAACUAGUUAGCAUGCCCCCACUCCCCUUUUUAAAGAUCUUUUUUUCCCCCCGAUGACCCAAGGAAUAGUGCCUUUCUCUAGCAAAAGAAUGAAGCUGGAAAAAAAAUAAAUAUGUCAUAGCACUGGUAUGGUAGCUCUUUUGUCACUCUUUCAGCCUGCAUAAAGACUGAUGGAGAUGGAGCUAAUUUCUAAAUGGGAAGGAGAAUUUCAGGUCCGAUUAUUUCUGACCGGAGCAUGCCUGGAUGCUCCCCACACUAAUUGUGUGGGUCCCGUCAGGAAUGCAGCAGGCUGGCAGUGCGUUUCCCUAGUUAAGACCAAGGAAGGACCACGCGAUGCUCAGUGGAUAAAAGGCUUGUAAUCCCAGCUGGGGAAAGAGUUCCAUUAUCUCCCAGCUGCAUAGACAUUCCAGACGGCUUGGUUCUGCCUGGAUGAACAGCAAGGCUUGCUGAGAGCUGAAAACAGAGUUCUGCAGAGAAUUGUAAAGAUCCUGAGACAUUCCCUCUGUUCAGAUCUCCUCUUGGAGUAGAAGGAGGAAGAUAUACAUUUUUCACUGCUGAUUGGAUGGGAGAAAUCUUUGACCUUGGAUAUUGGAGAUGAGGUUGCUAUGGAAACUGGUAUUUCUGCUGCCACUCAUGAGCUGUUGUGCAGACAAUGGUGUUCUUCAGGGUCCUAAUUUCACUCAAGAACCACAGGACAUGAUAUACUCAUUGAAUACUGAGGAUUCUGAAGUCAUCUUGGAUUGUGCAGCCAGUGGCUAUCCAGUACCAGAUUACAGGUGGAAGCAAAAUGGCACAGAUAUUGAUUUUACCAUGAGUUAUCACUACAGGUUGGUUGGAGGCAGCUUGGCCAUCAGUAAUCCCCACAAAGCUCAAGCCAUCGGCACAUACCAGUGUUUAGCCACCAAUCCCUUGGGAACUAUUGUCAGUCGCAAGGCAGAGCUCCAGUUUGCAUAUAUUGAAAACUUUGAAACGAAAGCAAGAAGUACUGUGUCUGUCCUGGCAGGUCAAGGUGUGGUUCUGCUCUGUGGCCCACCUCCAUACUUUGGAGAUGUAUAUUACGCUUGGACUUUCAAUGACCAUCCCUUGCCUAUUCAGGAGGAUAGCAGAAGGUUUAUUUCUCAAGCAACAGGAAACCUUUAUAUUGCAAAAGUAGAGCCAUCAGAUGUGGGAAAUUACACUUGCUUUGUAACAAACAAGGAAGCCCAAAAACGUGUCCAAGGGCCAUCUACUCCAUUAAUGCUGCGCAGUGAUGGUGUGAUGGGGGAGUAUGAACCAAAGAUUGAAGUACAUUUUCCUGAAACAAUGCAAGCAGCGAAAGGUUCAACUGUUAAAUUGGAAUGUUUUGCUCUUGGAAAUCCCAGUACAAAUAUUAUUUGGAGGAGGUUGGAUGGAAGACCUUUGGCAAGGAAAACACAAUAUAGCGAAUCCAAAGGAAUGAUUGAAAUCCCAAACUUUCAGCAGGAGGAUGAAGGCUCUUAUGAGUGCAUUGCAGGAAAUCUGCGAGGAAGGAAUAUUGCAAGAGGUCAACUGUUUUUCUAUGCACUUCCAGAAUGGGAUGAAAAAAUCCAAAAUAAAGAUCUAUCAAUAUAUGAUCCUUUAUUUUGGGAGUGCAAAGCCAGUGGAAAACCAGCUCCUUCUUACAUGUGGUUAAAAAAUGGUGAACCUAUUGUGCCAGAGGAAAGAAUUCAAAUAGAAAAUGGGUCACUCAUGAUAAGUGUGCUGAAUGUGUCGGACUCAGGUUUUUACCAAUGUGUUGCAGAAAACAAGUAUCAGACUAUUUAUGCUAAUGCUGAAUUGAAAGUAAGAGCCUCAGCCCCUGAUUUCUCCAAAAAUCCCCUGCAAAAAAUCUCUGUUGUUCAAGUUGGUGGAGAUAUUAUCAUCGAAUGUAAACCAAAGGCUUCUCCCAGAGCAGUGGUUUCUUGGAAAAAAGGCCCAGAGAUGAUCCGACAAAGUAAAAGAGUCUUAUUCUUAGAGGAUGGCAGUAUCAAGAUAUAUAAUGUUACCAAGUCAGAUGCAGGAACAUAUACUUGUGUAGCUACAAAUCAGUUUGGCAUUGCCAAGACUUCAGGCAACCUAGUCAUAAAAGAGAGGACCAUAAUUACUGUCCCACCAACUCAAAUGGAUGUUACUGUUGGCGAGAGCAUAGUCCUACCUUGUCAGGUGUUCCAUGAUCCUUCUGUUGAGGUUGUAUUCUCAUGGUCUUUCAAUGGGCGUGUUAUUGACUUCCAAAGAGGAGUGGCUCAUUUUGAAAGAAUUGGAGGAGAAUCUGUUGGGGAUUUGAUGAUAAGAGAAAUUCAGUUGAAUCACUCUGGAAAAUAUGUAUGCAUGGUACAAACGACUCUAGACAAUCUCUCUGCAGUGGCAGAUAUCAUUGUUAGAGGUCCCCCGGGUCCACCAAAUAAUGUGACAAUAGAGAAUAUUUCAAGUACCACUUCUCAGCUUUUCUGGAAACCAGGUGUCGAUAAUAAUAGUCCUAUUCAAAUCUAUACCAUUCAGACCCGCACACCUUUUUCUGUAGGCUGGCUGGCAGUUUCCACAAUUCCAGAAAUUAUCAGUGGGAAAAUGCACACUGCAACAGUGGUGGGUUUGAACCCAUGGGUGGAAUAUGAAUUUCGUGUUGUUGCUGGCAAUAGCAUUGGAAUUGGGGAACCAAGUCAGCCUUCCAGAUUGUUAAGAACCAAAGCAGCAGUCCCUGUAGUGGCACCAACAAACAUCAAUGGAGGUGGAGGAAGUCGAUCUGAACUCAUCAUUACAUGGGAGUCAAUCCCAGAAGAACUGCAGAAUGGAGAAGGAUUUGGAUACAUGAUCAUGUUUCGGCCAGUUGGCUCUCUAACAUGGACUAAAGCAUCAGUGGCUUCUGUGGAAGCCUCAAAGUAUGUCUACAGGAAUGAAAGUCUUAUACCUCUCUCCCCAUUUGAAGUAAAAGUUGGUGUGUAUAAUAAUGAAGGUGAAGGCACAUUGAGUCCAGCAACCAUUGUCUACUCAGGAGAAGAUGAACCUCAACUGGCCCCAACUGGAGCUUCUGUACAAAGCUAUUCGGCCUCUGAAGUGGACAUUUCUUGGAAUGCCAUUGCCUGGAACAGAAGCACAGGACGGGUGCUCGGUUAUGAGGUCUUAUAUUGGACAGAAGACUCAAAGGAAACCAGUGCUGGUAAAAUCAGGGUCAAUGGAAAUAUAACAACAAAAAGCAUCACAGGGCUAAAAGCCAAUACAGUAUACUUUGCAACAGUGAGAGCCUAUAAUACUGCAGGAACUGGGCCUUCAAGUGAUCCAGUGAAUGUCACUACUAAAAAAUCUCCUCCAAGCCAAGCACCAACAAACAUAGCCUGGAAACUGAAAAACUCAAAAUUAUGUUUGAAUUGGGAACAUGUUAAAACCAUGGAAAACGAGUCUGAUGUGUUGGGCUACAAAAUUUUAUACAGGCAAAACAGACAAAGUAAAACAUAUAUUUUGGAAACAAAUAAUACAUCUGCUGAGCUUCUUGUUCCCUUUGAAGAAGAUUACAUAAUUGAAAUAAGAACAGUCAGUGAUGGUGGAGAUGGUAGCAGCAGUGAAAAAAUUAGGAUUCCUAAAAUAUCAAGCUUAAGUUCUGGAGGAAUGCACAUUUCAGAACCUAGAGUCAAUUUCUUGUCAGCUGUCAUUGUGAUUUUGGACUGUUUUACAGCUGUGUCACUUCAAUGAUUGAAUGAAACCAUAACCAUCUUGGACUUUGAAAGCAGAUUGUUCUAUAUAUACAAUCGGCUACACUUCAGUUGUCACAGUAACAUUUUUGAUAAAGACUUCCUUGGAAUGAACUGAAUUGGACAUUGUUCAUACCGUUGUAAAUAUCUGUGAUGCAUUGAUAUAGUGAUUUUAAGCAACCUUGAAUGUGGAAACACCCUAAGUGAAUGCUGGCUUUUCAAAAGUGCUGAAAAUGUUCUAUGGAGUUGUAACUAGAGAACCUUAAAAUAGUUAUGAAGAGUGUUUAGAAAGCUCCACAAAUAGGUUGGGCUGAUCCCAUUUGGGAUGAUAGUCAUGAUAACAUGAUACAGGAUUGAGUGUAAAGACAGUAACUGAGAUGUGGAUUUUUAUUUUCCCCAUACCAUUUGCUUCAAUGUGACAUUCUUAAUAU